AUGUCUUCCCGGCCCCAGCCCCCCUCCUCCUCCCGCUCCUCCAGUUCCCCGCCCGCCCCGAAGACCAUUAAGCUCAGCCCGCACGCCCUUCUCGCUCUUCCCCACCGUCUAACUCAUCCCCCACCUCCGCAACCGAAGAAGACAUCUUCGACAUGGGGCAUCACCCCGCAUUUUCGCAUACCGCUCCAGGAGAUCCUUGACCGCAAGCAUCUCCCGCCGCUUGGGCUGAAGGACUUUGAGGAAUGGCUGCUUUUCAUCGACCGCAUGCCGGAAUGUCUUUACUUCAUACUCUGGCUACGAGAGUACAAGUCGCGCUACACCGCGUGGAGGCGACAGUCAAAGCCGAGUUCGCCUAUUCGAUGUUCGUCGAGCCCCGGAGCACCGACGUACCGCUCGGUCACCCUUCCCCCACCUCCCAAUCCCGCGCUCGCACAGUUCUAUAUGCGUGCCAAAGAGACGUUCCUUACGCCCUACGCGCCCUACGCCCUCCCCGUGCACGCCGACCUUCUCGCUUCGUUCAGCUCCUCGCUCGAUCUCGAGCUCAGCUAUCGGCGGCCGUCAAACUUUUCGAUACAGGGCCCGGAUCCGCUGCUGACCGUCCCGGGACAGCCGCCCCCGCCGCCGUACCCGGAGAUAUUCGAGGAGCUGGAGGAGCGCGUGACGGCGAUGCUGUCUGAGAGCCUGGACCGGUUCGUGCUGGCGACGUUCCACAACGUCGGCAUGCCUCGGGCGUAUUGCGGCUGCGCGGGGGGCACAGUCAUCGGUCUCACAGGAAGCGCGCCCAUCCUCCUCGCCAACUUUCUCACCGGCGGCUCGCGAUGGUGGCGUUUCUCUGCCCUCCCUGGUCUCUGGCUCGGCAUGACCAUCGUCAUCUCCGCCAUGUACGGUGUCUGCAUGAUGAUCUACGUCUUCGGUGACCUGCGACAGCUUCGUUCGUUCGAACUCGCUCGUGUGUCCGAGACUGAAGGACCAGGUUCUUCAUCAUCAGCGAAGGAGAAGAAGCUCAUUCACGUCGGGAAGUUGUCCUCAAGCCACCCGGCGCCUGAGUACGGCGCUGACAGCAAGGGGAGUAGCAUUCGACCGCUUACCGGUCCCCCACCCCCACUAUUCAGGCAGUCCGUGUUCUCAGAUUCUGCUACGCCUCCUCGUUCCCCUGCCACUGAUGUUUCCGUCUCACCGUUGUCACGUCCCGCACCACCCAAGCUUCGAGUGGUGGCGCCUCCGCCCGCCCACACGUUCACGCACGUCCAGACGUCGUCUCGAGCCGAGGCCUCGCAGACGAAGAUGUCGCCAAUAGCGUUUGCCUCCACCUCGCAUUCACCAAAGGCUGACAUUUCACGAGAACACCUCGGCACGAACGAGUUCCUCUGCCACCUAGAAAGCGACUACAGCGACUCCGACUCAGAAUACGAAUCCGACUGCGAAACUGGAUCGGAGGCCGACGCGAGCUCCGAGGCGUCCCACGAUGCUCGAGCCGCAGCGACGGACGCCACAGCGGCAAGUAAUAACGGAAAACGUCCGCGAGCUCGGCGGAGACGGCGGCGUGAGCCCGAGAUCCACAUUUCGGAUGCUAUAUUCGAUGAGGAGCCGUGCCCGGAGGGACCUGCUACGGCUGAUGCUCAAGAGCGUCGGCGUAGCUCAGUAUGGGGAGAGAGCAGCGACGAGGACGUCGGAUCGGGCGCGACGUUCAUCCAUCCCUUCCGGUGGGAUCAGCUGGAGGAUUCAAUAUGCUCUCAUGACCUCGAGUCUCAAGCUGACUGUGCGGCUGAGCACCAACGAAUCGACGCUUUCGACUUCGACGGUCUUCCCAAGCGCUCGUCUCGACACAGCCGUUCGGACUCAGCUGUCUCUCCACUCCCAUCGGCCGCGACUCCAACAUUCGCAACCCCGGCCUUAGUUACGCAUACUCCCGCCGUCAAUCUGGAAAAGCCAUCCCGCGGAGUCCACUUCGCCUCUGGCUUCAACGCCUCUCCCCGUCCAUCCGCCUCAGCCGCGCCCGCCAGGCCUGAGGCGGCUGUAGGGCUCGUGUACAGAUUCCUGGGGUACCUACAGUCGAAGUGUGGCCCACGUAACGUCGCGAUGUACUUCCUCGGUGCCGGAGACUCGACAUCGACCGUGACCGGACCCGAGGGCGUGAGCGUGCACGGCUCUGAGCGCCCCACGGAAGUACGAGGAUCACUAUCCGGGCCCACAUCCCCCACGUCCCCCACGUCUACGCUCAGCCCGCCGUCUCUCGCUUUCCCCACAGCACCGGAAGCACUGGCGUCGGAGAAGUCGUUCGGCUCCUUUCCCUCGAAGCCGAAGGCGCACAGCAAGGAGUCGUGGCGGAAGCGGGUGAGGCGCAUGCUGCAGGUGCCGGCGUUCGCGUCGCCGCUCACCCCGGUGCUGAACCCGAUUGUCACGAGGGGGCAGUGGGAGAUCGUGGUGAGGAGCGCGAUCAUAGCUUUCGUGCUCAGCGCGUCGAUUGUCGGAGGGCUGGUGGGCGCGCCCGAGACUCGCGUUACGUAGACGCGAUUCGCCGCUUUCUCAUCGCCGGGUUUUCAUUGUGGGUUUCAAGGUUACGUCGUCAUGCACUCCACGAGACUUGUACGUUUGCUUGUCUAUCGUUGUCGCUGUCGCUCUGCAGUUUAGUAGUUUAGUAUAGCUUUCUGGCAUUUUACCCUCAGUUACGCGACGAUACCGUGUUUUCGAGCGUACUCUCCUCCUUUUUCCCCCGUCAUCGUCGUUAGGGGGUAUAGGUAGCCUGCGCAAUUUUCCGGUACCCCUUCUCGUGGUCCUCGAGAGAUCUUUGCAAACAGCAGCCUCCUUCAAGUACGCUACACUCCAUACACCACGCUUCCAGCUUGAAUUCUCCCGCGCACUUCACGACAGCCAUUCUCUGCUGUAUUAGUAGCUACGCUCCCGACCAUCCACGGGGAGCCUUCUUCGCAAAUCUUCUAUCGUCUUCGAGGCCCAACCCCGGUCGACUCUCCCGUCUUGCAGGUCUGGCGGGGUUGCCUCCGCGCCGCCUCUAUCUUCCGCUCCUUACCUUACUCGACUUGCUGGCGGCACUGGGCGGUCCUCUUAUUGCCCGCCGUCGGGCUCAC